AUGACACAUCUCCUCCUGGCUGCUACUAUCACUCCUUCAGAGCAGAUCUCCUCUAGAGAACCUGGAAGGGAAACAGCUAUGGCCAAGGACAUCCUGGGUGAAGCUGGGUUGCACUUUGAUGAACUGAACAAGCUGCGGGUGUUGGACCCAGAGGUUACCCAGCAGACCACAGAGCUCAAGGAAGAGUGCAAGGACUUUGUGGACAAAAUUGGCCAGUUUCAGAAAAUAGUUGGUGGUUUACUUGAGCUUGUUGACCAACUUGCAAAAGAAGCAGAAAAUGAGAAGAUGAAGGCCAUUGGUGCUCGCAAUUUGCUCAAAUCUAUAGCAAAGCAGAGAGAAGCCCAACAGCAGCAACUCCAAGCACUAAUAGCAGAAAAGAAAAUGCAGCUCGAAAGGUAUCGGGUUGAAUAUGAAGCUUUGUGUAAAGUAGAAGCAGAACAAAAUGAAUUUAUUGACCAAUUUAUUUUUCAGAAAUGA